AUGGCGGAACGAUGGCGUCCCGAAACCCAUACGUUCCACCUUCCGGAGGGGGAAAUGACGAUCACCCUCAAAGACGUGGCGAUCCUCACCGGGAUGCCUAUUUCUGGGGAUGCCAUCAUUGGUCCCGCGACCAAACCCGAAAGAGGUUGGGGGCCGCUCAUACGUGAUCGUUUGGGCUUUGACAUGCCGACCACCACUCCAAUUCCAGGUUGGGGGCCUGCAUUCCAAAGUUGA